GCGGCGGCGUCGGGGCGGCCGCGCCUUCGGGAGCGCGUCCGGCAGCGGCUCCGGGAGCGCCUCCCGCCGCCUCCGCCGGCCCGGCCGCACCGGGGCUGCCAUGGGGCGGCCGCUGUGAGCGCGGCGGCGGCGGGGCUGCGCCUCUCGCCCCGGCCGGGGCUCCCUCCCCUCCAUUGUUCCCGGGAGCGGCGGCUCCGCGCCGGGGCUCCGCUUGUAGGGGCUGCCAGCCCUGCGGAGACCCCCCUGCUCCCCGCAGGGCCCCCAUGGAGGGGCAGUUGCAGAGCCCAGUCGCCGAGCAGUAGCUGCAGCAGUGGGAUGUGGACCUGGCGGUGCCUGAUCCUUUGGGCUGUGCUGGUCGCAGCCGCGCUCUCCGCUGCCCGGCCGGCCCCCACCCUGCCCGAGCAAGCUGUGCCCAAAGCCAAAAUGGAGGUGGAGUCGUACUCAGCCCACCCCGGCGAGCUGCUCCAGCUGCGCUGCCGGCUGCGGGACGACGUGCAGAGCAUCAACUGGGUGAGGGACGGCGUGCAGCUGGCCGAGAACAACCGCACGCGCAUCACCGGCGACGAGGUAGAGGUCAGGGACGUGGUGCCCGAGGACUCGGGGCUCUAUGCCUGCAUGACCAACAGCCCCUCGGGGAGCGACACCACCUUCUUCUCCGUCAACGUCUCAGACGCUCUCCCCUCUGCAGAGGAUGAUGAUGAUGAAGAUGAUUCCUCGUCGGAGGAGAAGGAGGCUGAUAACACCAAACCCAACCAGGCCAUUGCUCCCUACUGGACCUAUCCUGAGAAGAUGGAGAAGAAGCUCCACGCUGUCCCUGCUGCCAAAACAGUGAAAUUCAAAUGUCCCUCCAGCGGGACCCCCAACCCCACCCUGCGCUGGCUGAAGAACGGCAAAGAGUUCAAACCUGACCAUCGCAUUGGGGGGUACAAGGUCCGCCAGGCCACCUGGAGCAUCAUCAUGGACUCGGUGGUGCCAUCUGAUAAGGGCAACUACACGUGCAUCGUGGAGAACAAGUAUGGCAGCAUCAACCACACGUACCAGCUGGAUGUUGUGGAGCGCUCCCCACACCGGCCCAUCCUGCAGGCAGGGCUGCCUGCCAACAAGACAGUGGCCCUGGGCAGCAACGUGGAGUUUGUGUGCAAGGUGUACAGCGACCCCCAGCCCCACAUCCAGUGGCUGAAGCACAUCGAGGUGAACGGCAGCAAGAUCGGGCCUGACAACCUGCCCUACGUGCAGAUCCUGAAGACGGCUGGCGUUAACACGACAGACAAAGAAAUGGAAGUGCUUCACUUAAGGAAUGUCUCAUUUGAGGAUGCUGGGGAGUAUACAUGUUUGGCGGGUAAUUCUAUUGGGAUCUCCCAUCACUCUGCAUGGUUGACAGUUCUCGAAGCCAUUGAAGACACCCCAGCCAUGAUGACGUCCCCCUUCUACCUGGAGAUCAUCAUCUACUGCAUCGGAGCCUUCCUCAUCUCCUGCAUGGUGGUGACCAUCAUCAUCUACAAGCUGAAGAGCACCACCAAGAAGACAGAUUUCAACAGCCAGCUGGCCGUGCACAAGCUGGCCAAGAGCAUCCCCCUGCGCAGACAGGUAACAGUGUCAGCCGACUCCAGCUCGUCCAUGAACUCGGGGGUGAUGCUGGUGAGGCCCUCCCGCCUCUCCUCCAGCGGCACCCCCAUGCUGGCCGGGGUCUCCGAGUACGAGCUGCCCGAGGAUCCGCGCUGGGAGCUGCCCCGGGACAGGCUGAUCCUGGGCAAGCCCCUGGGAGAAGGCUGCUUCGGGCAGGUGGUGCUGGCAGAAGCCAUCGGCCUGGACAAGGACAAGCCCAACCGAGUGACCAAGGUGGCGGUGAAGAUGCUCAAGUCUGACGCCACAGAGAAGGACUUGUCUGACCUCAUCUCCGAGAUGGAGAUGAUGAAGAUGAUUGGCAAGCACAAGAACAUCAUCAACCUGCUGGGAGCCUGCACGCAGGACGGACCGCUGUAUGUGAUUGUGGAAUACGCCAGCAAGGGCAACCUGCGGGAGUACCUGCAGGCACGGCGGCCCCCGGGCAUGGAGUACUGCUACAACCCCGCCCGCGUGCCCGAGGAGCAGCUCUCCUUCAAGGACCUGGUCUCCUGUGCCUACCAGGUGGCACGGGGCAUGGAGUACCUGGCCUCCAAGAAGUGCAUCCACAGGGACCUGGCAGCCAGGAACGUGCUGGUCACAGAGGACAACGUGAUGAAGAUCGCCGACUUCGGGCUGGCCCGUGACAUCCACCACAUCGAUUAUUACAAGAAGACCACAAAUGGUCGCCUGCCAGUGAAGUGGAUGGCUCCCGAGGCUCUCUUUGACAGAAUCUACACCCACCAGAGUGAUGUGUGGUCCUUUGGGGUGCUGCUGUGGGAGAUUUUCACCCUGGGUGGGUCCCCCUACCCCGGUGUGCCCGUUGAGGAGCUCUUCAAGCUGCUGAAGGAAGGUCACAGGAUGGACAAGCCCAGCAACUGCACCAACGAGCUGUACAUGAUGAUGAGGGAUUGCUGGCACGCCGUCCCCUCCCAGAGACCCACCUUCAAGCAGCUGGUGGAGGACCUGGACAGGAUCGUGGCCAUGACCUCCAACCAGGAGUACCUGGACCUGUCCCUGCCCCUGGACCAGUACUCCCCCGGCUUCCCGGACACGCGCAGCUCCACGUGCUCCUCAGGAGAGGACUCAGUGUUCUCCCAUGACCCGCUGCCCGACGAGCCCUGCCUGCCCAAGCUGCCCCCUCAGCACAGCAAUGGUGGACUGAAGCGACACUGAGGCUGGCACUGCCAUGCCAUGCCAUGCCCAUGGACGCUGCCUGCACAGCCCGGCUGUGCUCAGCUGGUGCAGAAAGGGUUCAGAGACAUCUGUAGCAUCUCACAUAACCAAAACCACCACCCAGCUCCUCCUGCCAGCUCCUCCUGCCAGCUCUGCACAGCCCAAAGGCACCAAGGUUUCCGUGGCCUUUCCUCCUUUUGUUUUUAAACCUCUUUUCUGUCAUUCUGUGCUGGAGAGUUCCCACCUGGCUGAGCUGAAAUCCUCUCCCGUGGGCAAUGCGUGGCCAAAGAGCCCAGCCAGGCAUCCUGGGGUGGCACAGCCUGCUGGGGCACAGGCUGGUGUGCCAGGAGAACCUGGGGAGCUGCGAGCAGCACCUGCCUCCUGCAGCUGCACAGGGGGGGAGCCUUGGCAUGCCAGGAGCCUCACUGGUGUGCCAGGACCAUCAUUGGCGUGCUGAGAGCCUCACUGGUGUGCCAUGAGCUUCACUGGUGUUCUGUAACCAUCACUGGUGUGCCAGGAGCCUCACUGGUGUGCCAGGACCAUCACUGGUGUGCCAGGACCAUCAUUGGCGUGCUGAGAGCCUCACUGGUGUGCCAGGAGCCUCACUGGUGUGCCAGGACCAUCACUGGUGCGCUGAGAGCAUCACUGGUGUGCCAGGAGCUUCACUGGUGUGCCAGGGGUUUCACUGGUGUGCCAUGAGCCCCACUGGUGUUCUGUGACCCUCACUGGUGUGCCAGGAGUCUCACUGGUGUUCUGUGACCCUGACUGGUGUGCCAGGACCAUCACUGUUGUGCCAGGAGCCUCACUGGUGUGCCAUGAGCUUCAUUGGUGUUCUGUAACCAUCACUGGUGUGCCAGGAGUGUCACUGGUGUGCCAGGGGCCUCACUGGGGUUCUGUAAGCAUCACUGGUGUGCCAGGAGUGUCACUGGUGUGCCAGGGGCCUCGCUGGUGUGCCAGGACCAUCACUAAUGUGCCAUGAGCCUCCCUGGUGUGCCAGGAGUGUCACUGGUGUUCUGAGACCCUCAACAGUGUGCCAAGAGCUUCAUUGGCAUUUUGUGACCCUAACUGGUGUUCUGGGAGCCUCACUGGUGUGCCAGGAGCCCCACUGGUGUUCUGUAACCAUCACUGGUGUGCCAGGAGCCUCACUGGCACCCUCAGCAUGCCAGCACCCUCAUGGUGUGGCUCCCUCCGUGCCCAGGGUGCCCCCAGAGCAUCACCCGUGGGCUUUGCUGAGCCAGGCCUGGCACAGCCAGGGCAGGAGCCCUGCACUGCUCAGAGGUGCCUGAACCCACCCGUGCUAAACCCAGAGUCCCGUGUACAUAACGGAAAAAAUAUGUAUAAAUAUGAAUAUAUAUUUACAUGUCUUUUUAAAAAGGGUUGUUACCAGAGAUAUACCAGUUUGGUAGGAAGGUACUAGUGGCUGGUAGAUAUCAGUUGCUAUAUAUAUAUUAAAAAAAACAAAAAAAGUCAUAUAUUUUGCUAUUUUUGCUGGUUUUAUUUUUUUAAAUUAUGUUCUAAACCUAUUUCAGUUUAGGUCCCUCGAUAAGAAUUUGCUGCUGCUGCUUCAGUUUUAUAUGGGGUUGUAUUAAACAAUAAUAAUAAUAAUAAUAAUAAUAACGUGUCGAUGAUGCCUUUUGGGAAUCUGUUGUCAUUACGUGCCCUGGGGGGAGCUCUGGGCAGUGCCCAGCUCGGUGCCAACCCCACCAUGCCCGGGCAUCCCCUGCCAGUGCCUUACCUGGGAGCAUCCCCACACCCUCAGCCCAGCUCUGUGCUCCCCCUGCAGUCCCACGGACGGACAGACAGACAGACAGACAGACAGGGCACCCUCCCUGAAAUCCCUCCCUGCCGGGCCGCUGUUACUUGAAAAGUUUAUUUUGCCUUUGUACGGAGAAAUAUUAUUUGUUGUAAACUCUUUUCUGUAAUGAAAUCCUGGAAUUCUUGUAAUUAUUAAAAGACUUUAACCACC